AUGUAUGGUCGCCUUUUACUUAUGGCAUGCGCUACUAUAGCAAGUGCGAAAUUCCACAUCAAUGAGUUCGCUGAAAAAACUUGCGAUCUGCUCGAUAUCUGGAAUCGGAACGCCAACACCAGCAGCUCAGUCCAAUACACCCAGGACAAUAAAGUGCACUCAUCCUUACUGUCCAAUGACUGCCAAGGCGAGCUUAAGUCAGUCCUAGUAAAAUGUUUAGACAGUUCAGGCCUCAAAUGCAACGACAUAAUCCUCUCGACUGCUAACGAACCGCCCGCGUAUAAAUCUAUACCUGGAGGCCCUUUGGCGAAGAGAUUACAAUCGGAUCAAUCGCACUCUGAGAGCUGUCCAUACGCUGUGUACGACUUUCCUAUCGCAAUGAGCCCAGAAAUUGCUAGCAGUCCGAGCACCACCUCCGGUACAUUGGACUUGACCGAGUUGAUGACUUCAACAAUCGUUGGCGAAACAACCCUUGGCCCUGGUGGCAAGUCAAGUACUAUGUAUACACUUGCAACGGGUUUAAUUGGGAGCUUAGAAUCGUUCAGCAGCUAUAGCCAGACCCGUGGUACAGUGGAAGCUAUGCAAACAGUAACUGGUCGUAUUUGCCUGAUCAAGUAA